CCAUUGCGACGUGAUUGCCUACCGAAGUUUCGUUUCGCGUUCGUGCGUGAGAAUUCGUCCCGGUGCGUCCCACGUCGGACUGCCCUGGCCCGCCGGCCUACGCAAGUGCCAAACGGGUGGAAAGCUGGCGUUGAUCACAGAGUAAUUUACCUCCGUGUCAAGGUUUAGUGCUGAUUCACCGCGGAGACUGCAAGGGCGGACAUCAUUAUCGGAAUAAUGAAGAGAGAAGCCGAGGCUGGCGCCAUGACAGGUUCCGGGGGUCCAACAAGCCCUCACAAGCGCUAUCGACAGGGUGACGAUGAGCUCCGUCUUCUCAUCCCGAGUAAGGUUGCCGGUUCGAUAAUCGGCAAGGGUGGCCAAAACAUCACGAAACUCAGAAGUCAGUACAAAGCCUCAAUCAUUGUACCCGAUUGCCCCGGACCCGAACGGGUGCUCACCAUCAGCUCGGACCUGUCCACUGUUCUGCAAGUGUUGAACGAGGUCGUGCCUAAUCUGGAGGAGAACGGUUCUCGCCAUGGCAGCGACGAGAUUGACUUACGCAUGCUGGUGCACCAGAGUCAAGCGGGAUGCAUCAUCGGCAAAGGCGGCCUGAAGAUCAAGGAGCUCCGCGAGAAAACCGGAGCCAGGAUCAAGAUCUACUCGAUCACCUGCCCCCGCAGCACGGAUCGCCUCAUUAGCAUCUGCGGGAAACCCACGACGUGCAUCGAAUGCAUACGCGAAUUGAUCGCCACCAUUAAGACCUCACCGCUGAAGGGUGUGAACAAUCCUUACGACCCGCACAACUUCGACGACUUUUACGCCGAGGAGUACGGCGGCUACGGUAGCGCCGAUGGUCAAGGCAAGGUCGGCGGAUUCGGUGGUCCCGGUGGCCGUGGCGGUGGCGGCGGCGGCGGCGGCGCCGGGGGUGGCGGCGGUGGCGGAAUGCCACCAAGACGCGACAAUCGUGGCGGCGGUCCGGGUGACAUGAACCGCGGUUUCCCGCCGCCACGAGGCGGCCCGCGUGGCGGCGGCGGCGGCGGAGGCGGUGGCGGUGGCGGCGGUGGUGGCGGCGGAAUGUCCGGCGGUGGUCCACCGGAUCGCGGAUACGGCGGUGAUGGAUGGGGAAUGCAAGGAGGCGCGCCCAAUGGCUUGGGUGGCGGCGGUAACACGGGAAUGGGUGGCCCACCCAUGGGUGGAAACAACCAAGGCAACCAGGGCAACAUGAGUGGAAACAAGACCAGUACACAAGUCACCAUUCCUAAAGACUUGGCCGGAGCCAUAAUUGGUAAAGGUGGUCAGAGGAUCAGAAAAAUCAGACUCGACAGUGGUGCCGGAAUAACUAUAGACGAGCCACUGCCCGGUAGUAACGAUCGCAUCAUUACCAUCACUGGGGUUCCCAGUCAGAUACAAAUGGCCCAGUACCUGCUGCAGCAGAGCGUGCACGAGAAUGCAGAUCAUCAUUACUAAGACAUGAUGAGGGGGAUGCAUUCAGGGAAGAGGGGAGCCAAAGAUGCGCUUUUGUAACUUUUUUUUUUAGAAAUAUUUCUUGGGCAAACACAACAAACGCUGAAAGUGGAACCUGAAACAAGUACAUUUGACAUGCACCUGCAGAAACGCGCGCAAGAAACUGGGGGUACUUCCGGCAAAGUGUUGCGCACAAGGGGAUAAUUUCGUAUAAUUUACAUCACACACAUACACAGAUACCCAUAUACAUACACACACACACAAUCUACACACCACACGCGAAUCACCCUCUCCCAGGAAGAUAAACGCUUGUGGUCGAUGCUAACGUGACCUUGACGUGGCGAUCCUUUGCAAAGGAUGGUAGUCGUCCGCUGCAGCCUGCAGAGUAAAUCGAUUCGCGAAUCGAGUACCGUUAACGUUUUCAAUGUCGGCCUUUCUUUAGUAUAGAAUUCUCUUAUUUGUAUCGUACCGUGUCGGCGAGGCGCUGACACGUACUGUCGAUGUGACAGCGGGGGGGGAAAGGUUUCAAACUGGCGAGCAGUCGCACCAUGUUCCCCGAGACGUUAGCAUUCCCGAGAAAACGUAUUUAUCCUUCAAAGGAAAUCCCAAAGAAUCCAUGGUCUUUUUUUUACCGUAAAACGCGCGCUAUUUCGCCAGGGAACCAUCGUGUGUAUCUUCUUUUCCUUUUUUUUUUUUUUCGUUAUCGUCAUUAAAUGUUGUCUCUUUCGCCCGACGGAAAAUCAGUGUGUUUUAAUUUCGGAUUCUAAUAGAUUGUGCCAACGAACAAUCGAGACGCUUGGCGCGCGCGAGACAGCCAAUUUGAAACCGCGAUUCGCGUCGAAAGAACGCGACUCUCCUUGAACAUCGAGACCUGACAACGCACACUUCUCUCCCCGUUACGUUUCUUUCCAGCUUUUUGAUAAAUUCUUUACAAAUUCUAAUCCUAUGGAAGUAAGAAUAAGUGCGCAUAUAUAGAGUGAAUGCGAGGGCAACAGUGUCAAAGGAACGGAGAGGUCGAGCGAGAGAGAGAGAGAGAGAGAGAGAGAGAAAAAAAGAGAUUUUACUUAGGCAAACAUAUUCGCAGGGAAAGAAACUGACAAGUGUAUUCGCAAAACGAAACGUGUACAUAAGACCUACUACUAACGCGUCCCUUUCCCUUUCCUCUCAAUCGCUGCAUACGCCGGCAGAUAUGCGUUUCUGCUGUUGCAUUAUUAUUGUAGUUAUUAAUUAUUAUUACCUUAUGAUUAUUGAUAAGAGUACUUUUUUUGCGUUAUAUUAUAUCCUACCCCCCGCAAAUCUAUGUAUUAAUCAUAAUUUCAUCCCCUUUAGCGAACGCGCGAGCGUUCUUAGUGUUACAAUGAGUAGGAAGUAUCUAGGCUUAGCAGAGACGUAAGUUUAAGGGGGCACCAUCGGCGAAGAGCGAAUCAAAUCUCGAGCGACUUGAUUUUAGAGAAUCGACAAAAAGCUGAAUCUGCUACGAAAGUCCGUCGAUAAUAUCUUGGUGAAUCGGCCACUGUUCCACUGUGUUCUCCGAGCGUGAAUGAAGCAUAUUUUCCAGUUCUUCUUUUUUAUCUUUAUUCGCCAAGCAGUUAUUUUUUUAUAUUACAUUGUACAGAGCCUUGCGCGCGCGAGAGAAACGUGCGAAUUCCGAGUGAAUUAGGAUUGAUGAGGAAAAAACUUACAAGACGCUGUUGCCACUGCUGCAUGUAUAUUUCAGCAGGUAGUUCGUUACAAUCACCCUCGUCUCGAUAUGCAAAAAAUCCUUGCUACACGCUGAAAUCCUGAUAAUACGAAGGUGCGAUCGCGCGAAAUAUCUCGAAGCUAACAGCCGGAGCUCGGCAUUCAACAUGAUCUCUGUAAAUAUAUACUUCUAACUAUAAUAGCACCACCUCUCUAUGGGAACGGAUGUCGUACCUUUUGACAAAUAGCGGCCGUGCUGGUGAUUUUCCAAGUGCAAUUAAAAGCGAUUGUACUGCAACAAAAAAAAA